UCACAAACGCAUGUUUAUAUUUUUGCAAUUAGGAUCCCGAGAGGCUCUAAACUGUCUUCAAUAGUUACAGAAAACAAACCUCUGUUAGGUUUCGGCGCUUCCGCUGGAAAAAAUGAGCCUGACUGGGGAACGCUGAGUGAGGAAAUUAGCAUACCCGCUGCGGUUGCCGUUGAAACCUACCCGAGGGUCAGCGAAGCGGAGCGAUAUUUGGAAAUACAGUAAUCCCCCUCUACAUCGCGGGCCCCUCCCAUCAACCGUGGUGGCCCCGCCCACCUCUCGCUCCCCCCCCCCCUUCCGUUUCCGUCACGCUCACUUUGCGUGGGGACCACAACGCACACGAGAAGGCGGCGAUGACCGCCGGCGGCCGGGCCGCGUUCCCUCGCCGAGCUAGCACGCGCAGGAAAAAGAUGGGGACGCAGUCGCGAGACAGCGCGCCGUCUGAUCCCCUUUCAGACGUCCGAUGCCCGUCGCGACGCCGGCUGUCACGCGGACGAUCCUUCGACGAGCAAAACCCGCGUAAGCCGCAACGUGGCAGGGUUCAGGAUGGCCGCGCCGUGAAGCAAGAGCAGAUGCUCCCGGAGGAUCCCAGAAGAUGCGCGUCGGGCGGGGCCCGUCUUCUGCGACGCACCAUCAGCGUGCCGGCAGAAACGCAAUUCAACGGCCGGGCGUCCAGCGAGAGCGAGUCACCUCCAGAGAAGUCCGGGCGCCGACGCAGCAUGCCCGGCAGCCCGAUGGACAAAACCCCGCCCGCCUUGGAGGCCACGUCCGCUGCCGCAGCCGCUACACCGUUCAGAGUCACCAUGAGUACUGGUUUCCUGAGUCGGCGGCUGAAGGGCUCCAUCAAGCGCACCAAGAGUCAACCCAAGCUGGACCGCAACUCCAGCUUCAGACACAUCCUGCCGGGGUUCAGGAGCGUGGACAAUGACCGAUCUCAUCUGAUGCCAAGGCUGAAGGAGUCUCGCUCCCAUGAGUCACUGCUCAGUCCCAGCAGCGCUGUGGAAGCCUUGGACUUAAGCAUGGAGGACGAGGUCAUCAUCAAGCCCGUGCACAGCAGCAUCCUCGGCCAGGAUUACUGCUUCGAGGUAACGACCUCCUCGGGGAGCAAGUGCUUUUCGUGCCGUUCAUCAGCCGAGAGAGACAAAUGGAUGGAGAACCUGAGGAGGGCCGUGAAGCCAAACAAGGACAACAGCCGGCGGGUGGAGAACAUGCUGCGACUCUGGCUCAUCGAGGCCAAGGACCUCCCCGCCAAGAAGAAGUACUUCUGUGAACUGUGCCUCGACGACGCGCUGUAUGCCCGCACCACCUGCAAGCUCAAAACGGACAACGUCUUUUGGGGCGAGAACUUUGAGUUCAACAACUUGCCGGCGGUGCAUGCCAUCACGGCGCACCUCUACAAGGACACGGACAAGAAGAAGAAGAAGGACAAGAACAACUACGUCGGCUUGGUCAGCAUCCCCGUGGCAGCGGUGACGGGGCGGCAGUUUGUGGAGAAGUGGUACCCGGUCAGCAUGCCUAACCCUGCCAAGGGCAAAACGCCUGGACCCAUGAUCCGCAUUAAAGCGCGCUACCAGAGCAUGAACAUCCUCCCCAUGGAGAUGUAUAAGGAGUUUGCGGAAUACACCACAAACAACUACAUGCUGCUUUGUUCCGUGCUCGAGCCCAGCAUCAGCGUCAAGAACAAGGAAGAGAUGGCGUGCGCACUGGUGCAUAUUCUGCAGAGCACCGGCAAGGCCAAAGACUUCCUGACGGACCUGAUGAUGUCGGAAGUGGACCGCUGCGGCGAGAACGAGCACCUGAUCUUCCGGGAGAACACGUUGGCGACCAAAGCCAUCGAGGAGUACCUCAAACUGGUGGGCCAGAAGUACCUGCAGGAUGCCCUUGGCGAGUUCAUCAAGGCUCUCUACGAGUCAGACGAAAACUGCGAGGUGGACCCGUCCAAGUGCUCCUCGGGGGACCUCCCGGAGCACCAAAGCAACCUGAAAAUGUGCUGCGAGCUGGCCUUCUGCAAGAUCAUCAACUCGUACUGCGUUUUCCCGCGAGAGCUGAAGGAGGUGUUCGCGUCGUGGCGGCAAGAGUGCAGCAACCGCGGCCGGCCGGACAUCAGCGAGCGGCUGAUCAGCGCCUCGCUCUUCCUCCGCUUCCUGUGCCCGGCCAUCAUGUCGCCGUCGCUUUUCAACCUGAUGCAGGAGUACCCGGACGACCGCACGGCGCGCACCCUCACGCUCAUCGCCAAGGUCACGCAGAACUUGGCCAACUUCGCCAAGUUCGGGAACAAAGAGGAGUACAUGUCCUUCAUGAACCAGUUCCUGGAGCACGAGUGGAGCAACAUGCAGCGCUUCCUGCUGGAGAUCUCCAACCCGGAGACCAUCUCCAACACGGCCGGCUUCGAGGGCUACAUCGACCUGGGCCGCGAGCUCUCCACGCUGCACUCUCUCCUCUCCGAGGUGGUCUCCCAGAUGGACCAGAGCGCCAACUCCAAGCUGGGACCUCUGCCGAGGAUCCUGCGGGAGGUGAGCGUGGCGCUGAGCAACCCGGCCGGCGUCCACGCGGCGCCCGGGGGGUCGCCGGAGCAGACGGGCUCGCCGCCCGCCGAGGCCGGCGGGUGCAGCAUCUCCACGGGCCUGCAGAAGAUGGUCAUCGACAACGACCUCACGGGAUUGGUGGAUUUCACGCGGCUACCCUCCCCCACCCCUGAAAACAAGGACUUGUUUUUCGUAACACGGAGCUCAGGGAUUCAGCCUUCCCCGGCACGCAGCUCCAGCUACUCCGAGACCAACGAGCCCGACCUCGGCAUGGCCAACGGCAGCAAAAGCCUGUCCAUGGUGGACCUGCAAGACCCGCGCAGCCUGGACGGCCUCAGUCCCGGCCCCUCGGACCCCCCGGCGGAGGUUCCGGUAUCCGUGGGAGGCUGGUCCGCCAGGGCGCCGCAGUGCAACAUCCCCGGAGGGCCCGCCGUACGGAGGCCCGGCCAGACCCCGACCACCCCGAGCGCGGAAAGCGUCCCGGGCCGGCCCGCCCAGCUUCUGGCGCCGCUGUCCUUCCAGAACCCGGUCUACCAGAUGGCCACGUGCCUUCCGGUGUCCCCUCGGGGUCCGACCGACUCGGGCUCCGAGUGCCACAGCUCGGUCAGCUCCCACAGCAACAAUGAGGACGGCCCACCCGGCGGGAGGCACCCCUUCCUGAACCACGGCGGCGGGAGCAGCGGCGACGAGUACGCCCGCCGUUCGGGCGACUUCACCCGGCGGCAGCUGUCCCUCAACGAGGCGCAGCACCAGCCGGGCGUACCCCGGCAGAACAGCGCGGGCCCCCAGCGGAGAAUAGACCAGCCCCCGCCGCCCCAGAACGUGACGCGGGGCCGCACGCCGCCCGGUCUGCUCAACGCCGGCGCCUACGCCCGGCCCGGCUCCGGGGGCGCCAUGAUGACCUCGUCCCCCGACUGGCCCGCGGGGGGCCCCCGCCUGCGGCAGCAGUCGUCCUCGUCCAAGGGGGACAGUCCAGAGACCAAACAGAGGUCGCAGCACAAACAGGCCCCCUCCCCAGUGAACCCCAGUGCGCUGGACCGCACGGCAGCGUGGCUUUUGAAUAUGAAUGUGCAGUAUUUAGACCAUGAGGCCAUGGAGCACGACUCACUGAGGCACAGAGAGGAUCUGACGCAGGUGCAGAAGUACCAGCAGGAGAUCGCGCUGCUGCAGGAGAAGCUGCGGGCCUCGGUGCAGAAGCUGGAGGAGUACGAGGCCCGUCUCAAGGGCCAGGACGAGCAGGCCCAGAAGGUCCUGAUGGAGUACCAGGCCCGCCUGGAGGAGUCGGAGGAGCGCCUGCGCCGGCAGCAGGACGACAAAGACCUCCAGAUGAAGGGCAUCAUCAGCAGGUUGAUGUCGGUGGAGGAGGAGUUGAAGAAAGAUCACUCGGACAUGCAAGCGGUGGUGGACUCCAAACAGAAGAUCAUCGACGCGCAGGAGAAGCGCAUCGCGUCCCUGGACGCCGCCAACGCCCGCCUCAUGAGCGCCCUGACGCAGCUGAAGGAGCGCAGCACGCAGUCGCGCAACGGCAUCUCGCCGACCAAUCCCACCAGGCUGCAGAUCACCGAAAACGGCGAGUUCCGCAACAGCAGCAACUGUUAGACGCAAAAUUGGGGAGAAAAAAAACAAACAAAAAAAAGGGACCGACGACGGAACGUUUGGGAGACGCCGGCGCCCCCGCGCGGGACUUGGAGGGCGGCGGUCCGCCGGACGGGGCUUCGGCCGCGAGAGGGCGGGAUCGGAUCGGAUCGGAUCUUGUACAUAUGAAGGCGUUACGUACAAAAAGACAAUUUUGACUUCCGGGGACGAACCACUACAGCUUUGAGCCAGUCGAGGACGCCUCGCUAGCGCCGUUAGCUUCGAGUCCACCUUUUCCCACGAACCAAAUAAGGAGUUAACGAUCCGGAUGUUUUUCAGUCCAAAGCGACCUCCACUUUCAGCCAUUGGGCGCCCCCCACCCACCCUACGCCCCGCAGUCCCACACGGGGCCCCCACCCACCACCCACCCACCCCCCGUUGGUAGUGCACUUUGUCGAAGCUCUUGGUACAUGCGAUGCCUUAAGCUAAGGACGGCGACCCGGUUCCACAGCAAAAGUUUAGGAAGAAACGGGGAAAAAAAGGCACAAUUCUAUACUGUGGAUUUGUAAAGCAUAGAAGCUUGUACAAACUUAUAUAUAUAUAUUAAUUAUGUAAGUAAAUGAGAUCUAUGUGAUACUAUAUUGAUGCAAUUUAAUAUAGAUGUAUGCAUUUCCUGUUUUUUUUGGGCUUCUAGAUUACACACACACACACACACACACGGCUAUAUUUGAUAAUAUCAAAGGUAAAAACAGAAUUGUAUUUAGGAGUUUUAUUUUUAUUCUUCUAAAAUGUUGACCGACGAGAGCGCGGCGGUUUUUCUUGCACCGGUCGGAUGUUGUGGGGACGGACUUGCUAUACACUGGACUGGCCAGACCGGCGAGGGACGGGACCAUUCCUUUCCCGUCCGGUGAUCCGUUGAGGUCCAAAAAGAAUUCAUUGAUUAAAACGGAGUCUCCUUCCUUGGAGGGUUCUUGGAUCUUCCCUAAACCUCCCCUGAAAAUCCCUAAACCCUGAAAACCCAACUACAGUGAAUACUCGGUUCUCGAACGUCUCUGUUCUCGGACAAAAAUCGGUACUCGGAACGCCUGCGACAAGACCUGGAAAUAUAAGACAUAAGAUCCACGACACGUUAUUGGGUAUAACGCAGCCAAUGUACGCAGACGUGGGAAAUACCGAUUCGGUUUUCAAACAAAUCGGUUCUCGAGCCGCCUUCUGGAACAGAUUGAGGUCGAGAACCGAGUUUGUGCUGCAAUAUACUUCCAAAGCAUACCCCGAAAUGUGUCUCUUGUGUCCCCCAACAAAAACCCUUUGAACCAAUCCUAUCCUCAGCCUGACUCGAAACUGUUGCCCAUUCGUACUUGGGGGCCAGAACGUCGCGCAAAACCGUCUGAAAUAUCGAGCAGUACAUUCAUCGGCCGUCCGUCAGUGCAGAGGACUACAGGCGCGGCCUCUCGGCGAUCCUUCGGACCACCGUAGCCGACGGGAUUGCCGGCUACAAACCCAACGUCGUGUUGGGCGGCUACCCGCCUCCAGUAGCCGAAUCCGAAAGACAACUCCUGCGGCCCCUGAGAUCGACGCUAUUGCAUCGACUCAACAACAAGAUCAUCGAUAAAUGCCCAUUGUGUGAUGUCGCCUGUGCUCAAAAACCGAGCACGCUGACGGUGGAACACUUGUGGAGCGCCCCAGCCGAUGUGGCUCACUUUCUGGACCUUGGUACGGAAUACCGACCGUCAUACUAGGCUACAACAACAACCUGACUCAAAAAUGUCUUGUUCAAAGCAGAACCUUCCUUCCAGGUUCCUCCCUAAUCCUUCCCAGAUCCCAAACUGUACCCCUGAUCUUGUGUCCCGUUGCCUUGUCUGAACCCAACCUCGAUACCAACCGUUCCAGGCUCGUCCUUCCCUCAACCUGACAAGAAAAUCCCAAACGUGACUUUCCAGGGUUGACACCAAAUGAACCGUGACACCCACAUCUCCUAAAUCCCCGACCACUAUUACCUCUUAAACCAAACCCCGUUGCACACUGUCCUUCUGUUCUAGUGCCGAUCCUCCUCCCAACCUUAACCCCCGACACGAACCCUUCAAUCCUGCCCGACACUUAAAAUGACUUGAAAAUCCCAAAGGUGACUUUGCAGGUAAGACCCGAAAACCCUCACCC